CACGACCUCCGUUGCCAAUAACGAAACCCCACCCUUACACAUACGACCAGAAACGACACAACACAACUGUCAAGACAGAAGUAGGUGCCACUUCGUUUCAUCAUCUCUCACGCGCAAGAUGACUAUAUCCUGAAAGGUUUAAAUCCCCAACAAGAGAUGUAAAAGGACUACAUCAAGUGAAUGAAGAUAAUAGAGUCGGUGUUACGAUGACAGCUUUGCAAUGUAUUCUCAUAUUUCUGAUCCCACUUGCUUUGUCAACGAUUAGAGGAGCUGUGUGCUCUCUGGAUCAUGUACCAACUUCCGUAUGCCAUUGCUCUCUGACCGACCACCGAAGCGGUUUGUAUGUUCCAAUCAGCUAUUUGGAUGUGUGGGAGGAUGACCCAUUCGGUUACCUAGAUGCUUUGCAAGAGACCUUUGGGUUUCCGGACAUUGACCAUUUCGGGUAUUCGGAUGACUUUGAGGGCGAUCCACUCGGCUUCCUAAAUACGCAGCAGGAUAAAGAGUAUGACUAUCCGAAUCGUUUUGAGGAUCACCAAUUCGAGUAUCCGGAUAUAGGGGAGGAGCUUAACUGCACUUACAGGUGUGAGAUGAAUAUAAUGAAUGAAGGAAUAUCACUCUGUGCAUCCAUGCAUGAAAACAUAUACAUCAUGAUCCCUAGCUUAUAUUCUUAUGGCUACUACUUGGCAACUGAUGAUCUCUACAAAGAAAAUAUUGAGGAAAUUUGCACUAAACUGCAAUAUCAACGGACAUCCUCCUUGUCAGACAAUUUUUACGGAUGCGGAGACUUUAAGUGGUGUCAUAAUUUCCCAGAUGAGGCCGUUAAUGAUACAUCACUUGAAACUGGAAACCAGAAAAUGAAGAAGUCAGUAAAUUUGACCCAAUAUGGAGAUACAAUCCAGGCACUGCAGGGAUUAAGCACUGCAUCUAAUCCCCAUUCUAGCACACCAAGGAUGAAACCAUCUUGUUGCCAUGGUAACAGAACCUCUGAAGAUGAUGCAGUGAGGAGAACCAGUCAGGUUUGCUACGAGUGUCGGAGCUAUCUAUGGGGUUACUGUGGGGAGGACUUCCAUCCUAGCAGUGAGGGGGUAAUGGAGGUUCAAUGUGACCAUGGAUGUCAGAAAUCAGUUCAUCCAGAUCAUGUCAGCCGAGGAUGUCUGUCUUUGGAUCAUUAUGAUGAAUGUACAAACAAAGUUUGUAUGACAAGCCCGUGUACCCACUGCUGUAAUGGAGAUUUAUGUAAUAAAGCACAGCACAGCAUCCAUAUUUCUACAUCUGGUAUAGCAUUGAACUUUCAGGUUAUUCUACUUCUAAUACUAAACACAUGCCUAUUACAGUAUGAUUAAGUCUUAUGACAGGAAGUAACUAUGUUAAGUAAAAAUUGUUAGAAGCUACACAUUUCUUAAAUGAUUCUUUGAAUAUACUGAGAGAGUGGACAUAGGCCUAAGGAGACUUAUUAAUUGGAAGAGUAUUAUAUCAUGAAUGAUAAUCCACAAUCUUAUCUUGUUGCAUGAUUGGGUGAAAGAAACAAGUGUAAUUAAUUGCGGUUUGACCAGUCACUUAUUUAGUAAUGUUUCAUGUUUUGCUGAUAUUCUAAAUUAGUAGCUUUAAAUAAAUAAGUAAUAAAUAAUAUUUGGAGUGCUGUAUAUUAUGUAACUUCAUAGUGCGAUGCACUGUGUACUAUUUAUGAUGUAUGUUUUACACUGUGUAAUAUCUUUGAUUAAUGUCGCAUUGCCAUUGUGUACUUUUGGGGUAAAAGUUUGUUGUACUGCAUAGUAUGUUUUAUAAAAUUGUAUUGCUCAGCACAUUGCCUUUUCCAAAUAAGAACCAAAAUACAUUAUGCAUGGAUCAUUCAUACAUUUGAUUCAGGAAGGGUUAAGUUUGUCUCUUUUUAUGUAUUUGUUAUUGAUAUUUAGCCUUUAAAUGUUCUGUUUAUGAAUAGAAAAAUGUGCUUUAUUUUCUUUCUCAAUUCAAAUGGUGUCAGAUGUGAAAUCUACAAGCAAAUUAUCACUUAAAGGUUACAGGAAUGACACCACUAAAAUCCUUUCAGUGAAAUGAAAAUGCUAUUUAUCUUUCCUCGGCUUCAUUUCAGAAAGAUGGAUUCGACAUUCA